UCGUAUGUAAAAGUAAAUAUAUGUAGGUCACUUUAGAAUAUGAAGGCACAUCCGGUACCCAUCUACGCAUACGUUCUCCUUCCGCUCCUCAUUUCCUGUUUUGCUUGUCCGUUCCCGCCACCAUGUCAAUGUUCCUUCAGGUACCCAAACGCUCUCUGUGUUGGUCUAAAUCUAACAUCGAUUCCAAAAAUCUUCCCGACCCCUUACGGCGGAUGGGGUGUGAAUUUUCUGGACAACAGAUUGAGGCAUAUACCUGCAAAUGCAUUUGAAGGAAUCAAGUUGCAAAUGUUGGUACUAAGUGAAAAUGUAAUUGAAACGAUUGAUGACCAAGCCUUCAGUGGGAGUGAAAACUCGAUUACUGAUUUAGAGAUAGUGGGAAAUAAACUGACGUCAUUGCCGACAGCUUUUGGCAAGCUUCAGAACCUACAGGCACUAUCAUUAUCCAAAAACCCUCUGCGCGAUUUUGAUCAGGAAAUCAUGAAAAACAUUUCGAAAUUAUUAACCUAUAUUGAUUUUGGAUCACGUGAGCUCCGACAAUGGCCAACCGGAAUGAAGUAUCUCACAAAGUUAUCCAUGCUCGUCAUCACAAAUACAUCCUUUGAUAGUCUUCCAGGCGACGCUUUCUCUUCGUUUAAGGCCUCUUUGCAAUAUCUUGAAAUCAACAAUACACCUUUGAAAACGCUUCAUUAUUCUUCGAUGAAUAAACUUUACCAUCUCCAGGAACUGAAACUUAAUGGAAACACUAAUCUAACCGCAGAGGCAAUAAAUGAUUCGACGAAGCCUGAUGGGCUACCGGGUCUUGUACAAGUCACCUUCCAAAACAAUGGUUUGACAACGCUUCCAGACGUUUUCCAGAACGCCAGCCAACUCUACAGCAUUACUGUUUUAGACGAGCCUAUUGUGUCUUUGGAUGACAACUUGUUCACAUCAAACUUCAGCAGCGAGUUCCAGUCUCUUACCAUGAAUAACACCAAACUGUCCCAUGUUCCAAAGUGUGUCUCCAAAGUAAAUAGUAUUACUGGGCUUCAAAUAACAAACAGUAACAUUUCAUCCAUAAAUGAAAACGAUUUUUUUGGCAUGAUGAAUCUUCUCAACUUGGACUUGUCAGGUAAUCCAAUUUGGAAUGUUUCGGACGAUGCUUUUCGAAAGAACAAUGCACUGAAGUAUUUGCAUUUUGGGAACACAAGGUUGCAAGAUAUACCUCGAAGUAUUCAAAACCUGAAAUCUCCGAAAUAUCUGAGUUUAUCAGGUUGUCCCAUUGUGUGUAGCUGUGACAAUCUUGGAUGGAUCAAGAAUUGGAAAACUAGACCAGAAAGUCUACAAAUAGAUGGCAAGUGCAUCAAUAUCAAAAUGGACUUGAUGGAGUAUAUAAAAAAUGAAAUUCCAAAAUGCAUCGAUUAAUUAAUGAAAUUAGAAAACAGUUAAUAAAUAUUACGGU